GGCCCGCCCCCGGCCCGGCGGCCGCGUAGAGCGGGGCGGAGGGACGAUGGCCGCCCCACGGACAAGAACUGCUUCUCUCUGAAAGCUCCUUGAGUCGCGUGGUUUAAGAAAGAAGAACAGGCCGUGGAAACACGAACUGGAGUCCAGGAAGGCAUCUGUGACCCCACCAGGACUUGGCUUGAGCCUGCGUCCCCUGGCGAGGGGCGAGUGACGGCCACCACUCCCCGGGUGGUGCAGGCCUUCACCCGGGAGCCGGCCCAACCCAUGCUGCCCACGGUCCGGAGGAGACAAGCAUGUCAGCCUCAGCAAAACCCUCGGCGCCGGCAGAGCUGGCCCCUGGCCCCGAGGACCAGCCCAAGGGGAAGCCGCUCCUCGGCUGGGGCUCUCUCUUCGGCCCCCGCAGCGAGAAGAUUGUUUUCAGCAGGAGCGAGGGCGCCCCCGAGGAGAACGUGCUCACCAUCACCAUCACGGAGACCACGGUCAUCGAGUCGGACCUGGGCGCGUGGAGCUCCCGGGCUCUGCUCUACCUGACGCUGUGGUUCUUCUUCAGCUUCUGCACCCUCUUUCUCAACAAGUACAUCCUGUCCCUGCUGGAAGGGGAGCCCAGCAUGCUAGGUGCUGUGCAAAUGUUGUCAACUACGUUUAUUGGAUGCAUUAAGAUAUUUGUUCCUUGCUGUUUAUAUCAACACAAAACCCGGCUUUCUUAUCCCCCCAAUUUCAUCAUGAUCAUGCUGUUUGUGGGUCUAAUGAGGUUUGCGACGGUGGUUUUGGGUCUGGUCAGCCUGAAAAACGUGGCGGUUUCGUUUGCUGAAACAGUGAAGAGCUCUGCUCCCAUUUUCACCGUGAUUAUGUCCCGGAUGAUCCUCGGGGAGCACACGGGGCUGCUGGUCAACCUCUCGCUCAUCCCCGUCAUGGGAGGCCUGGCACUGUGCACGGCAACGGAGAUAAGCUUCAACGUCUUGGGGUUUUCGGCCGCGCUGUCCACCAACAUCAUGGACUGUUUGCAAAAUGUUUUUUCAAAAAAGCUCCUCAGCGGGGACAAAUACAGGUUCUCGGCCGCGGAGCUCCAGUUCUACACCAGCGCGGCAGCCGUGGCCAUGCUGGUCCCCGCCUGGAUCUUCUUCAUGGACUUGCCGGUGAUUGGGAGAAGUGGGAAGAGCUUCAGUUACAGUCAGGACGUCGUGUUGCUGCUGAUGAUGGACGGCGUCCUGUUCCACCUGCAGAGCGUCACGGCCUAUGCCCUCAUGGGCAAAAUCUCCCCCGUCACUUUCAGUGUCGCCAGCACCGUGAAGCACGCCUUAUCCAUCUGGCUCAGUAUUAUAGUGUUUGGCAACAGAGUCACCAGCCUGUCAGCCAUCGGCACCGUCCUAGUGACGGCUGGCGUCCUGCUCUACAACAAAGCCAAGCAGCGCCAGCGGGAGGCCAUGCAGAGCCUGGCUGUGGCCGCCAGCCCAACGCCAGAGGACGAAGCGGAGCCACUGACCCCCAAGGACCCCAGACCACACCACUGAGCUCUGGAAGCUGCGGCAGGUGGCCAGGGCCCCCAGGCCGCUGCCCACUGCUGCUGUUCCCCUCGCCGACGCAGACACCCGGCCUCCUUGGGUCAGUGGGGUGCAGGAGGCCACGGGACGGGCCGCCUUCGCUGCUCCCGUUUCAGGUUUUCAGUGAAAACCAAUGGGAGCUUGAACGGGGAUCCCAGAUGUCCGCUUCCUGGGGUGGAGACCGGAGCCAGCUGCCGCUGAGCCACGGCCGGAUAAUGUGAAAUCUGCCUCCUGCUGACCCUGUGCUGAGCACUCGCGAGGGGGUGGGACUUCCAGAUGGCCUCUGCACCCCCGUCACCAGCUUGCAGGUCUGGGUGCGGUCAGGCCACGCCCUCGUUCUCUGUGUGUGACAGCUACUGGGGACCCCUGUGAAGUGACAGCUGGAUCCGGGUGCCCACGCGCACUGCUCCCCGCUGCUCGGUGCCAGCACAGAGAGCUCAGCUCCCCCUGCUCGCCGUCAAAGGCCCGUGAGGGCACACUCUGCUCCUGGGCCAUCUGGGGAGACUGUCGUGCUGAGAGAGGGCCAAGGCGCCCACGGCCUGGGCCGGAGGCCACAGCAGCUGAGUGCACAGGGCUAGGAGAGUGGAAAGGGAUCAGACGGGCACAGAAAUGAGGGUCCCUGCUCCUGUGGGCAGGAUGUUGGGCCCUUGCCUUCCUGCCCCAGAGCUGCCAGCAUCCAGCACCACUUAGGGAAAGGUGCCCCGCCCCUUUCAGGGUCUCCACCGCACUAGGCCCUCCACCUCCCGAGAGUCCCAACCCUCGCCUGUGGCUGGCGCUUCAGUCAGGGACCCCCGAUGUGGUGAUUGCUGGUCACAGAGGUAGAGGACAGACAUCUGUAGUGUUUAACUCAGGAUGGGGACAUACUGACCCUCCCUUUUGUUUUCUGGGCCUUUGUGUGUAACAGAGGCUGUUCUGAAGGGUUCCCUGCAGGUGCCCCUGCCAUCACUCACCUGGUCGGGAGCCACGCCAUAUUUUGUCUCAAGCACAAGGGUGUUAAGGUUUUCUCUCAUGAAUGAAUGAGCAGGUGGAGUGCUGGGAAGAUCUUUUGGAGUGUUUAUGGCUUUUGUCACACUGCAUUUAAAAUGACUGUGAAGGUGUUAAAGAAGAAAGCCCAGGCACGGUGGCUUCUGGAAAGCACCCUGUAUGGCAAGUAACCCGUACUGAACCCACAGCCUGGCUCAGCCUGGCUCUCCCCUCCCAGAGCGAUGGACCCAGCACGCUGGGUAUCUGAGCCCUGUGUCGGGUUGAGGCUCCUGACCUCUUCACCCUAUUCCUCUUCCCACAUCCUGGUGGGGUUUCUGAUCGGGGCACGCCUGCUGCCAGCCAGGCUUUAAUACCUCUCCGUGGCACCAGGUUCAAGCUCUGGGGUGUGUCAUGUGCAGCCCAACACAGAGGAUGAGGUUGGCCACACGGCUGUCUGGGGCCUGCCUGCUGCAGCUGAGUGAACCAGCCGACAGGAGCGCUUCAGGCACUGGUGGUUCCCUCAUCUGAUUUCCCCUCCCUGCCGUUCAGGUCCUUGGUUCCCAUUAUCUUUUCACUGGUUUUCCAGUUGACUGGUCAACUGGAAAAUAUAUUUAAAAAGGCCCUCCUGGAGAUCAAAUCUCUUGGAAACAAAGCAAUAAUAAGUCUCAUUAAGUUCUGCCUACUUGAAAAAGUUUGCCAUGAUGAUGGGUUAAACUGAGGCCUUUAAAACUGUAACCUUUUUAUGAAGCUGACUUCCUAUGUCCAGAGCACAGGCAGGGGUGUGCUCGCCCGCACGCCACGCUCACCUCCACUGUGAAGACGUUUCUCCUGAGACUUUCCCCAGGUUUCUAUCCCUUCCUCUCUCCUUCCUCCACAAAAAACACCGAAGAGUACUUGCUGGAGGCGGCUUGGGCAGCGGGAUGUGCUGGGUCUGUGAGGCCCAGUGGGAAAGGACAGCUUCCAGAGGGCCCUGCCUCUGCCCUUAACAAUGUGGCUGCUGUGGCCGGCUGUGGCCAGCUGCUGACAAGAUGUGAGCAGAGAAGGAGACACGUCUACGGUCAUCCUGUUCCAAGAUUGUCACGUUGGCCUUCUCACAGACGUCCUCAUCCAAGUAACCAGGUAGGCGGCACCUGCUUCUGAGCCUCGUUAGGGACCCAGGUCCGAGUCUCUUCUGGAACCAGCGCCCUGCACACCACAUGUGCCCCGCCUCCUGUCACAAGUGGUUUUCUGCCGGUUUUGAUUUUCCAAAUUCUUGGACCAGAAACAAAAUGAAGAUUUCUCCAAAUUAUUAGUAAAUGAGGUAAUUUCCAACAAAGCUGCUUUUGAAACAUUUCCUAAGAACCCAAGCUGUGGCCAGCACUGCCCGUGCCUGGGGCUUACAUUCCUUCUUUGUAUGGUCUCCACCCUGAAGCCGUCCGUGUCCUGCAUGUGCGGGACAACCCUGCCAGGAGACAAAACAUGGCCUGUCGUGGCCAUUUGUUUAAUGAAUGUACAGACAUACGUUUUUUAUUAGCUUUGUGUAGUAGUGUUUAUAGUAUGUUUAUAAUACAUUGCAAACAUGCUUGUGUCAUUGUCGUCACUUACACGGGUCAUUUCCUAUGUCCAUGGUCAUUGUCUGUGCCUUUGUAAAGAAACACUUCAAACAGGUGUCAGGUCGGGUCGGGUCGAUACCUUACCUACGUCGAUACUUCUAAAUAUACAUGUACCUGACUUUCAAGGAAACUUCCACUAUGAGUGGCAUAAAAACCUUGGGUUUGUUUUUUUUUUUUUUUCCGACAGUCACAGUUGCAUGUCAUCGUUAAAAUAAUCUGCCCUGGAAAGCUGAGAAUAUUCUUGCACAAUCCAAAAAUGUGUCUUUGAGAAAAAUAGGCAUGGUGAAUCCAAAGCGGUAAAAUGCUGCACAAAGAGUAUCAAACGAAGUUGUGCUUGUAGCCCAUGCUGGAGAUUCUUUUCCCAAAACCAGUGGGUUUUUGCUUGUGAACGGUCACUUGGACAGACCAGUAGGUUUGACAGACGCAUAUCAUGGCUUUUUACAUCUGUCUGAGUGUCGUGCUUUCCUAAGGCCUGGAGCAUUUUCAGUUUCCCUGGGUUGGAAAAAUUAAUCAAGGACGCUACUGCCGGUAGAAUUCUUUUGCCUUUGACCGUCAUACUAAGGGCUUUAUUCUUUCACAAAAUCCGUACAUGCUCUGGCUGAAGCGUCUUCAUUUCCUUAGUUUACAACUAUAAAUGUCCCAGCCCCCCUGGUCAAUCUGCCCGUUUCCCUGUGUCCUGGCUGGUGAGCCAAGAGCAGAGGUGAGGUUGUGCUGACCACCCUCCGGCUCAGGUGGAAAACCUUUGAUUUUGCUGUCCAGUUUUCCUGAGGGUUCUGAUUCUGAGUUUGAUGGCCACUGGAUCCGUGCCCAGAUUUCCAAACAGAGCUGGAAACUGUCCUAACUGGUAGAAUCUUUCGUUGUCUUUUUUGUUUCUGUUUCAUUUGAGUAAAACCUGCAUUCACCUGAUUGGCCAUUUCUAGUCUUUGCAGAUGUGUGAGUGGAGUCUGAACCUGCCCAGGGGGUGUUGUGGGACCCAUGAGGAGGGCCACAGUCAUGGUGACUUUCCCACACUGAAAAACUUGAAAAUCCUAUCAGUAAUUGUCUACAUCAGAACCAAGUGCGAUCUGCUUCAUACCAAACAAAACUGUGGACAACUGAAAGCGCAUUGUACGAGAUGUGUAUCGUGUUCUUGUAUUUCACCUAAUUCAGUAUUCGAGUGACUAAAUCAGUACUUUCUAGAAAGUGGUUCUAUUAAAUAAUUUAGUGAGUCACUGUUAAAUCUACUGUGGUAAUAAACUGAUGCCUCUUGGCUCUUUUUGUCUAAAUUAGGCCACUUGGUAGCGACUACCUAGGACUCUGGUUCUCUCAAAAUACAAUAAAUGUUAACAGUGCC